CAACUCCUCUAGCUUUUGUGCUUCCUGUCUAUUACUCAGCCGCCAAAGCUUUCAUCUACAACGCUUCCGACGACAUUGCCGAGGCUGCCAUCUCCCCGCAACACUCACGCAGUAGAGAUUCCUCCCCCUCACCCCUUGGUGACCUUGAUGCGCCUUGUUGUUCCUCCUAGGCUUCACUCAAAUCGUCUACCUUUUAUAGCAACUCACAUUUACCACAGACUUCUUUAAUAUCCGUCUUUCGCCGGUCCAUUCACCAUCCUUUCUCGGUUGAAACCUUUCUCCUCGAACAUGAAUCCGUCCAUGCUCCGCACGGCCUCGCGCCACCUCCAGACGGCAAACCGCCUACACAGAAUACAAGCCGCCUCGCUCGCCCCUACGAAGCGUGGCUAUGCGACCUUCAACUGGGAAGACCCCUUAGUUGCUUCCGAACUGUAUACUGAGGAGGAAUUGGCGAUUCAAGAUACCGCUCGGCAGUACUGUCAGGAGCGGUUGCUGCCUCGUGUUCUUGAUGCCUACCGAAACGAGAACUAUGACCGCAAGAUCCUCGAAGAAAUGGGCGAGCUUGGCCUCCUGGGCGCCAACAUCGAGGGAUACGGAUGCGCGGGGGCGAGCACCGUGGCCUCGGGCUUGAUCACCAAGGAGGUCGAAAGGGUAGACUCGGGCUAUCGUUCGGGAAUGUCGGUGCAGAGUUCGCUGGCGAUGACCGCCAUUCACGAAUUCGGUACUCAGGAGCUCAAGGAUCGUCUCCUUCCCGACUUAGCGAAGGGCAAGUUGGCGGGCUGUUUUGGUCUUACGGAACCCAAUCACGGCUCUGAUCCCGGGUCAAUGGAGACUGUAGCACGGGAGCAUCCCACCAAAAAGGGAUACUACUUGCUGUCUGGCACCAAGACGUGGAUCACCAACUCCCCUAUCUCGGACAUCAUGAUUGUCUGGGCGAAGCUGCAGAGUACGGGCAAGAUCCGCGGAUUUGUCGUCGAGCGCAGCAAGUGUCCUCCCGGCACGUUGGAGACUCCGGCUAUCAAAAACAAGACCGCGCUGCGCGCUUCGAUCACCGGGAUGAUCCAGAUGGACGACUGCCCUGUGCCCGCGGAGAACAUGUUCCCGGAGGUGCAGGGCCUCGCGGGCCCCUUUACGUGUCUCAACAGUGCUCGUCUGGGCAUCGCGUUUGGCACCAUGGGUGCCCUUGAAGACUGCUUGGAUCGGGCCCGGACGUACGCCCUGGAGAGGAAGCAAUUCAAGGGUAACCCGCUGGCGAAGUACCAACUGAUCCAGAAGAAAUUGGCAGAUGCGGCGACGGACGCUGCGUACGGUACGCUGGCCGCGACGCAGGUAGCCCGGUUGAAGGAUGCCGGCAAAUGCACUCCUGAGAUGAUUUCGAUGGUCAAGCGACAGAACUGUGACCGUGCCUUGGCCAAUUCGCGGAUACUUCAGGAGGUUUUCGGCGGCAACGCCACCAGCGAUGAAUACCAUAUUGCCCGCCAUGUUGCCAAUCUGUUCGUGGUGCAGACCUAUGAGGGACAGAGUGACAUUCAUACUCUGAUUCUGGGACGGGCCAUCACCGGAGUCCAAGCCUUUGUUUAACGCAUCUAGCACAUCAUACCAUAAUAUGUACAUAAGCAGGCAGUGAUUCCGCAUCCG